UCCCUAAUUUUCACUAGUUGUCCUAACUCCUAACCCAAAGUCUGGCAAAGAAGAAGAAAGAAAUCAGAGAGGGAGAAGAGGAACAGGACGGCACCGGUGGUUUGCAAGCCGCCGUUGUCGUCGCUGUCGCAGAAGGGAGAGAGGGAGAGAAAAAGACCGAACAGAAGAGAGAGGCGCAGAAGAAAAGGAGGCGCGCGACAGAGAAGAGGGAGCAGAGAGUACUUCCGCGCCGCCAUCGUCUCUAUCGCCGCCGUUGGAGCUUCGAUCAUCGUCGAGGAAGGUCCCAUCGUCGUUACUGCAUGCGAGAGGGAAAAGAAACGCGACAGAGGAAGAGCCAUUCCUCUGCUGCUGCCACCAUUGUAGCCAUCGCUGGAGAUUGCGGUCGCCGUUGCUGAUGGUAGUGAACCAAGAUGUUGUCCUUGCUGCCGGAGCUAGUUGGGUUGGUGCUGCUGCCACUGGUAAGGACAUUCUUGCUUCUGAUUCUUGUUCUUCAGAUUGUUGGAGAUGCCGUCGCCACCGCGUGGUUGCUACGGCUGCCGUUGAGACUUCCUACCAUCAUUGGAUCUAUUGCCGUUCCAUUUCCUUACUCCUCCCUAAUUACAGAUUGGGUUGGGCCACUGCGAUUGCAAGCUAUGAUUGUUGCCGCUCUGAAGGAGUUGCUGCUGCAAAAGUGAUUGGAGUUGUGCUACAAGAGUGAUCGGAGUGGUUGCUAUUGCUACUGUCACAAUUGGGGUUACUGUAUUUUCAAUUUCUAUGGGUUUCAACUAAU